GCAAUAUAAAGGUCAGGAAGUAUGACAACUUCUGAUAAAUGGGUUCUGUGUUUGCAAAGCAAUUUUCAAAAAAUCUUGCAAAACCAAAUUCAGGACUUACAGGAUGGUACAUAGCUAGUGGUUUGGUGAGGACAAACAAGGUGCUGGAGGUGAAUGCAGCCCGACUGUGCAAGAUACAGCCUCAUCAUGACAUUCUUGAGGUCGGCUUUGGUCCAGGACUUGGGAUAAGAGAGGCUUACACAUUUCUUAAAGAUGGAACUGGGCAGAUAUACGGGAUUGACAUAUCACCAAGAAUGGUAAAACUUGCAACAGACAACAUGAAGGAAGAGAUUGCUGUCGGAAAAGUCCACAUCAAUCUGGGAGAUGUGGAAAACAUGCCCUUCAAAGACAACAUGUUUGACAGUAUUUUCCACACAAACUGCUAUUACUUUUGGCCUGAUAUUGAUAAGAGUAUUAAAGAGUUACAUCGAGUGAUAAAGCAUAAAGGACCGAUAGUGACCACGUUAAAUCUAAGUAGACUUAAUCAGCUUGACAAAAAAAACUUGAUGCAAUAUGGUAUUUAUGACCCAGACAGGUACAUGAGUGCCCUUCAAAGGAACGGAUUCGAAAAUGUGCACAUGAAAGAUAUUACAGACACAAUUACAUUUCAAGCCAUCAUUGCAACUGCACGAAAAUGACAAAUCAUUAACAACACAAAACUAAUCCAAAAAAAUCAGUAUUGUUUAUUCCUUCUUAUAUGGUUUAUUAAAAAUACCUUAUGGCGAGAGGUAUAAAUAUUAGCUCUAAGCUAUCUCCUCAAUCCUUACUUAUUAUGUAUGUAAUUUAUGUCUUUGAUAAAUGUACUUAUAAACAAUAAAUAUUGUU